AUGGUGAUAGGCACUGAUGUAUGCGAUCUUCCAGAGUGGGUCCCUGUUCCAACCAACGACUCUACCAGCAGGAUAAUUAACCUUUCAAUUGCUGGCUCAAACUUGCCGUUUGGUAUCUUCGCGUUUCUUAGCAACCUUGCCAUCAUUGUUACUGCCCUUAAAACACCCUCCCUUCAAAGGCCUUCCAACAUUCUCCUAUGCAGCCUCGCCACAUCAGACUGCCUAGUUGGGUUGGUGGCUCAACCGUUAUUUGUUGCAUGGUGGAUGCAUAUUCAAAGAGCUCAAGAUUAUUCGUGUCUUUAUCUACAACCACUUACCCUGGCUGCAUGGAUCGCCAGAAUGUUUCCAGUAGGAUUGUUCUUGACCAACUUGACAGUUAUCAGCCUGGAUCGCUGUUAUGCAUUGUCCUGGCCUUUGUCCUACCGGGCAAAGGUCACAAAACGAGGUGAUGCAUCAUUUCGCUUAUGAUAAGUUUCGGGGGCAUUUUUAGUAGAUCUAGUCGACUGAGGGAUGAAACGGCCAUAAUUACAAUCGCAAAUGGCAUAUUUUUGCUUGUGACGUCAUUAGCCUAUAGCUACCAGACAACAAUAACAACAACAACAACAGUUUAUUCAAUCUGAAAAGACUAUUUUAUCCACAAUUAGUAUAGAUAUAUUUUCACUUGAAAGCUAAGGUUAUUGUUAUAGCGAGCCUUUACCGCGCACAAGCAAGCGAGAGCGGAGCGCCACAGCUAAGAAUAUUUGGUAAUCUAACCAACCGAGAAAUUUCGGAAACCACGUGACCGUACUUCCGUCCAUCUGCACCAAAGACAACCCAAUGUCUAAUGUCAAACUCUUUAGCUGAACAUAUAUACAUCAAUGAGAAGGUCAAUUGUCAGCUGUCAAAACAGGGUAUACGUAGACCAUUGUCACAUGAACGUAUCGCGGGCUCAGGCGCCAACUCAUCGAGGUCACGUGUUUUUUUAAAAUUUCCCGCUGACGAGUUGUUAGCUUUUAAUUGAUUGCAGGCUCAAGUUUAUGUUUUACAGUCAUAUAAUUCUCCCAUAAAUUUAAGUAUAGAUUUGUGGAUUUCUUUCCAAUGGUUUGAAGUCGAUUGCUGAAGCAAGAGUUUUGUUUGAAGUAGAUUUAAAGUGCAAAAAAGGGAGCUUCCAUUUUAUGUCUGGCUAAAUCUAUAUAUUAUAAAUCUGAGUGGAAUGUGGAAACCCUCUUAACAAAUAAUGGGUAUAGUUUAAGCGCUUGGGAAACCUACCUCACUAUUAUUACAUUAAGUACAAAACGGUUUUUAAAAUAGCACUAUUGUUCCCACUCCCACCCCACUCUUCGGUACUAAGACAAGAAUGACUUCAAGAACGAGAUAUUGUUUCAAUUCUAAGAAGUGUGCGCGCGUAAACCCACUUCGUUUUGGCGGGAAAACCGCCGUGAUAGCCGUCGCAUUCAUUCUGCUAGGGGUUUCCGCGAAAAUGUCGCAGUUAGUGAAACAAGUUAUCAAAUGUUAGAAGUUCUAUCAUUUUGCGAUUCGCAGAUUGGGGCUGAAAAAUCCUUCAUUAAGAAAGAAAAAAAAGGGGAGACUGGGUACGUGACACAAAUUAAAGAGGUCAUUUUCGCCUUUGUAAGCAAAUUCAAGACAGUCUUGGAUUGUGGAUUGUAUGCCCUAGAUUCUGGAUUCUUUGUCAGUAAGUUUAGCUUUGGGAUUCCGGAUUCCUUGAGCUGUAGUCUGGAUUCCGUAGCGCAGGAUUUCGGAUUCCAAAAGCAAAAGCUUCUGGAUUGCCGAAUCCGGAUUCCCCUACAAACAAACAGCUCCUGAAAGAAAGCAGUAAAGUAGAAAAAGGAGCGAGAAUUUCGAAAACAUAAGGAAAACAAUAAGGAAUUGUUAUUAUCUUUCAAACUUAGACGGCUAAACAUGUGCAUCAAGAUAUUUAUAAGUUCAUUUUCAUUCGUCAUCUGUUAAUCAAACAUAUUGAACCGUGUUAGUGGCCGAUGUAUUUAUGGAAGAUGGUUGCGAUGCCUUUAGCAUGAUACCUUCUAAUCUCGUCCAUUACUCCGCUAACAUUGCUACAAUUGUUACCAUUCUCAUUUUCUAUUUACGUUUUAUUCUACUUUUGUUUAACUGCAUGCAUAUAUAGAGUUUGAAUGACUUCGUUAAAGCUAUUUUAAAUUUUUACACAGGGACCAUAAAGAUUGCUGUGUUCACCACAUUGGCUUGGAUUACAACAACAGUAUUUAUUUGUAUUCUACCCCGAGUUGAUGCUUUAAUUCUUAUGGCAAUGGUCGGUGCUAUUUUCACCAUUCCUCCAACUGCCAAUUAUAUAAUAAUGUUUAUGGCUAUUCAUUACCACAAUCGUAAAGUGCAAGACAUGGUUUCAUCGCAGCAAUUGCAAGGAAUUUUACGGCGCGAGAAAAAAGUUGCCAUAGACAUGUUUAUUGUUUCUGUUGUUCUUGCCAUCUGUGUGAUUCCAAAAUUUGUGGUUAUUUUCGUUUCUCAGUCAAUUGGUAGCCUUUACCCUAGUUUUUACUUGUGGUCCACAACUUUAGUGCUGCUAAACUCCAGUAUUAAUCCAGUUCUUCAUAUAUGGCGGCGCCGUGCGCUUAGAUCUGCUCUGAGGUCCAUGGUAAACAUCUGA